GGCUCCACUCACGCAGCAACCAAGCCAAACACCACUGGUAGCCAGCCAGCCAACUGCACUUGUGUACAUCACGGUCUGUCAAUCCUUUUUUUCGUCUACCACGUGGACAUAUGCUGGACAGUGGAAGUCGGUUUUCGGCACUUCAGCAUCUUAAUACCGCCUGUCCCUAGGCACAACUGCGGAAAAGGAUGGCUGCACCUAAUGCUGGAGACUCCAAGACGCCGACUGUAAGCUUAGAUGGGGCAGGAAAAAGUGUUCCAAUGGGGCGAAGGCUGCCUGCUUCUCUCUCCCCUGGUCGUCUGCCGUCCAUGCGUUCUCGGGACCUUACGCUGGGAGGCGUGAAAAAGAAAACCUUCACACCUAACAUCAUUGGACGGAAAGUCAAGGAAGAACAGAAGACUGAUGGAGGACAUAGACGGGACAAGAAAGACUUUGAUAGAGGACGUCAAAGAGAUGGGCGUGGCAGAGGACGUGGGCGACCAGAGGUUAUCCAGUCACACUCCAUCUUUGAACAAGGCCCUGCAGAGAUGAUGGCAAAAAGGAGAACUGUCUUUGAUGAUGCUCGAGAAACACCAAACUCUGCCCCUUGUCCUAUUAUCAAUAUUAAAAAAGAAAAGAGGGAGACUGAGGAGGAGACCAAGGAAAUUCUACGGAAGUUGGAAAAAGAUAAUUUCUUGGAUGACCCACAUCUGAAAAAUGAUGCAAAGAGCUGCCCUGUGCAACUUCCCUUGUCUGUAUCUGGCUGGGUUUUCAAGGAGGAGUUUAAUGAAGAUAUUGCUGAGGAUGUCAGAAAACACGAGAGUUCUGAGGAAGAUUCUACAAACCCAAGUACAGAAACUUCACCACUUAUUAAAAUUAAGCAGGAGCCAGAUCUUCCAGAAACAAAAAAGCUGAAGCCCACUUUUAGGCCUCCGCCUAUUCCUCAACCUGAUGUACUUUCAAAGCUUCUGGAGUCCUGCAAUCAACUUAAAGGUGUUGAGUUGUUUUUUAUGCAACUACCUGAUUCACUUCCUGGCCAGCCACCAACAACUGACAAGACAAGACAAGCCAAAACAGAAGUCCAGUCUGAGUGUGGUCAAUCAGUCCUACAAAAGUCAGAGUCACAGGAACCAGAGGAGGACGGGAGCUGUAAUCUGAGGGACUUGCAGGAGGGUCUGGUUGGGCGUGUUCUGGUGAGGAAGUCCGGUCGGGUGCAGUUUGUUCUUGGGAACGUUACCCUCGAUGUUGAUCUUGGAACAACCAGCUCCUUCCUCCAGGAGCUAGUAUCUGUGGGCAUUGAGGGCCGAAGUGGGACAAUGUCUGUUCUGGGGCACAUCAAGCAUAAGCUAGUGUGUUCCCCUGAUUUCCAAACCCUUCUGGAAAACCAGGCAUGAGAAAGUAUUUUUCGAAGACUGCAAACCAAAAUCAGCAUUGUAUUAACACAUAACUUUUGUGUGAAUAAAAUUCUUGUAAAUGUGCAUCAGCUGUAAUGCAAUGGCAAUACAACUUGAGAUGCUUGAGCCUGAGAUGUGUUUAUAUAGAAUGUAAUUGUAUGAGUUGAUCUGGGGAAACUCUAGGGAAAAACAUUUUCUUUCCCUUAAUAUAAUUAUCUGUAUCAAGUUUGAAUUAUUCAUUUCGGAUAUUGUUUCUUGUCACAUUUCUUUUCUCAAACCAUGUAAUCUAUUCUGACCAAAUAAAACUAGUUUGGACUUCAAA